AUGCAGGAGGAUGAAUUGGAGCUUUUGGUAUCUCACGAUAGAGGUUCUUUCAGGACUGCCCAGUUUCCUUUUACUGUUCCAAACAGGGAGUUCUACAUUGCCGAUGCGUCCGAGGAACAGGUCUUUGUCUGCGUCCAUCAUCAGAACCUACAGACCAAUCUCUACAUCUCUGAGGCUAGGGGUGUAGAAUUCGCUCUCUCUCUCAUGAACAUCUCCUACUAUAACCCUGAAGGUGUGGGCAAAGACACGUGGCUAAGCCGGUAUGCCGAUGAACCCUUUGCAGACUUCCACAAGGUUGACGGACUGCGUGGGAUCUAUGCGGCCAAUGUCCUCCUGAACACCGACUCCUCAUCCUCUUACACUGCUGAGAACAUGGCUACGUAUGGUACCUUUGAUAAGGGUGGAGAAUGGUUCCCGGUCCCUGCUCCUGAGAAUGAUGUUGACGGCCAUCCAUACAACUGUAACCCUUUGGAAGGAUGUUCUCUACAUCUCUCUCAGAGGUUCAGUCAAUUAGCUCCAGGAUCUCGCACCAUCCCAAUUCUGUCCAAGUCCUCGGCUCCUGGUCUCAUCCUGGCUACGGGUAAGGUCGGCAAGACCCUUCUUGGAAACGAAACAAUGGAAUUUAACGUCUACCUCUCUGCAACGGCUGGGGCUUCGUGGUAUGAGGUGUUGCGUGGCAAUCAUUUCUUUGCAUUUGGAGACCAUGGUGGUGUGGUUACUGCUGUAGAACAGAGAGGAGAUACAAAUGCUGUCAAAUACAGCGUGAAUGAAGGAGAGACCUGGCACUCUGAGGCUUUCUCAGAAUCGAAGAUCUAUGUUUAUGGAUUGAUGACUGAACCAGGAGAAAAGAGUCUAACCUUCACGGUCUUUGGAUCCGAGACUGAAACACACUCGUGGCUUAUUGUACAAAUCAACUUCAGAAAUGUCUUCUCUACCGUCUGUGGGGACGAUGAUUACAAGCAAUGGUGGCCAGGUGAAGAGUUCCCUGAACAUAGCUGUCUGUUAGGUAGGAAGACCAUCUAUGAAAGGAGACGCGUUCAUUCAGACUGCUUCAAUGGACGGGACUACGACAGACCAAUCUCUUCUGUCAACUGCUCCUGUGAUAGAGAUGAUUUCGAGUGUGAUUUUGGCUUCAUGGAGAAUGAGGGUAACAGCUAUAUCUGUGAGAAGGAUCCAGAAGACGAGAGGGAUCCUACUGUUCAACCGGACCCCUGCCCUGAGGAUACAUUCUGGAGGAGGUCAAAGGGAUAUCGUAAAGUGGAAGGGGAUACUUGCAAAGGAGGUGAUGAGAAAUACUAUGAGGCUGAUCAAGUGUCAUGUCCCGUUGCAGAGAGCGCAGAGUUUAUUUUGUAUGCCGAACGCACAGAGAUUCACCGAUACUUCCUCAGUGAUGGCAUCAAUGAACGACUGCCGAUAGACAACCUGAAACUAGCUACGGCCGUCGACUACGACGUCGACCAUGAUUGCUAUUACUAUGCAGAAGACACCUUCCAUGAAAUACAUAGAUUCUGUCCUGGACUCAUUGAAGACCAGGAUCGAAGCAUCGUCAGCGGCCAUCUUGAUAUGGUUGAAGGUCUUGCCUUUGAUUGGCUUGCUGAUAAUCUAUACUGGGUGGACUCCGAAUCUGAUCACAUCGAGGUCGCACGCUAUGAUGGCCGCUUCAGACGCGUCCUUCGUAUAGAUGCUACGCUAGAUCAACCAAGAGCGAUUGCUCUAGACCCCAAGAGAGGAUACAUGUACUGGACUGACUGGGGAGAACAUCCUUACAUCGCCUCUGCUCACAUGGACGGUGCAAAUGUUACCAUGUUGAUCACUACAGGAGUCUACUGGCCGAACGGCUUGGCCAUCGAUGACCAAUCCAGCCACAUCUUCUGGACCGAUGCCCACUUUGACCGCAUCGAGUCGGCGUGGUUGGACGGCUCGCAUCGUGUAGUCUUACGCGACCAAGACACCCCGCAUCCUUUCUCCAUCGGCGUUUACAAGAACAAGAUAUACUGGGAUGACUGGUCACAGUUGAGUAUCCAGUCGGCCAAUAAGUAUAAUGGAGGUGAUGUCCAGACGGUGGUACGUAACAUGAGCAGUGCUAUGGAUCUUAAAAUCUUCCACAAUGCAUCGCAACAGGGUGUGAACCCGUGUUCUUCACACAACGGAGGCUGCACCCAUCUAUGUAUCGUGAAACCGGAUCCGAUAGACCCUGAUGCAGUGACGAGGGUGUGUCUGUGUCCAGAUAACAUGAAGGUUGUUAUUACACCUGACGGGAGAGAGGAAUGCCAGUGUGAGGCGGGGGAGAAAUUGAAUGUUACCUCGGGAUAUUGUGUUACCCAGGGAGUUACUUGUGAGCCCGACCAGUUCCAGUGCUCUAACUCUGACCGAUGUAUCCCCAUCAUGUGGAAAUGUGAUCGUGAAAGUGACUGUACAGAUAAUUCAGAUGAACUCAAUUGUCCCUACUACACGUGUAAGGCAGGAGAGGAGUUUACCUGUAAGACUGGCUCUAGAUGUAUCCCUAACAAUUGGAUUUGCGAUCACUAUGACGACUGUGGCGAUGGUUCUGAUGAAGAAGACUGCGAAUGGGGUACAUGUGAUCCAGACCAGUUCCAAUGUGAUAACCAGAGGUGUAUUCCUGAGAGCUAUGUUUGUGAUUUGGACAAUGAUUGCUGGGAUAACUCAGAUGAAAGGGGCUGUGAAAUAACAAAUAUACCAACGACGCGACCAGCUGGAUGCAAUGACAAUUACACCCAGUGUGAACCUGACGGUCGCUGCAUACCAUAUACGUGGAUCUGCGAUGGUGACAACGAUUGUGGAGACAACUGGGACGAACAAAACUGCAGCACCAGUAGCUGCAAUCAAUACCAGUUUACCUGUGCAAAUGGCGGAUGCAUACCAUCUUAUUGGAAGUGUGAUAACUACGAUGAUUGCGGUGACAAUAGUGAUGAGAUUGACUGUCCAACUACCACGAUGUAUCCGUGGACAACCUCAAACCCGUUUGAUUGUGAACCUGGUUACUUCCAUUGCAUGAACGGAUCUCAAUGUAUACCUUUCACCUGGAAGUGUGAUAAUUACCGGGAUUGCCCGGACGGCUCCGAUGAAUACGAUUGUAUUUAUAACAACACUACCCCUCUCUACCCCGAUACGUGCGGUUGGGACAGCUAUGUGUGUGACAAUGGACAGUGUAUCCCAAGAGAUUGGGAAUGCGAUAACUAUCAGGACUGUGCAGAUAACAGUGACGAGGAUCAUUGCUCAACUACUACAAUGAUGCCAUACACCACUGAUGAAACACCUCAAUGCGGGUUCUUGCGAGUUCCGUGUGGCCCAGGAGCCACGCCUCGCUGUGUCUGGCAGUGGCUCGUCUGCGACGGUGACAAUGAUUGUUCAGACGGGGAAGAUGAGGCUCACUGUGGAAGUCCGAGGCCAACAACCACCAUUCCUGUACCGACUACAGUCACCCACUGCUCAGGAGGUUACUUCAAAUGUGACAAUGGUCAGAAGUGCAUACCACGGACAAAACGGUGCAAUGGAGAUUAUGACUGCUCGGAUCUCAGCGAUGAGAUCGGAUGUCAAACAAGUACAUCUGCCCCUACUGAACCACCAAAUAUAUGCGGCUUUGGUCAGUUCUUCUGUCAUUACCGUGCCAAUUGUGUUGAUGAACUGAAGCAUUGCGAUGGAAACACAAACUGCGUUUUGGAUGAAGAUGAAGUAGGUUGCAAUGGUACCUAUACAGUACAACAGAUGGACGUUGGAAUUGGAUCGAACAUCAUGUCUGCAACGGUAGAGUACUCCCUUCCUCUCGUACCAGCUCAGUUCCAAGUAUGGCUCUAUAAGAGGGAAGCUGAUCCUUUGGCUGAUCAACCUGGUCAUGACCUGCCAUCUCCAACCAUCUUCAAGCAACCGUUCCUGGCCGACAGCGGAGGACGUCAGUCACACACAUGGACUAACCUCAAAGCAGAGACAGACUACGUAUUCACUGCCUGUAUUUACGUCGAUAGUACAGAGUUCAACAAACUUCCCUUGAUCUCAUACAGGACGCCAGCAGAUGCCAGGGUUAUUCCAACACCAAGCAGUGUUCAUGCCGUCCUGAAAGUUGAGCAGGCUUUGUUGAUCGUCAAUGUUACGUGGAAUUACAACACGCCUGGGGCUUUGUUUGAGGUAUUUUACCGUGCGGACCAGUCAGAUGUUAUUGUAUCAGGUGGCCUGACAAAGAAGAAGUAUUUUGAGAUAUACCACCUUGAAGAAGACAAAAUGUAUUAUGUGUCGGUAUCUGCUGAGGUCGAUGGAGUGACCGGGAAUCGCAGCUCAGAAGUUUCAGUUUUUGUUGGCAGAGGUACCAUACAGCAUCCCCCAACCAACCUGUCCAUUAGCAAUGUGAAAAAAGACAGUGUGGAUCUUAGGUGGUCAAGACCAAAUGAACCAUCGGAAAUACAAAUAAAUGGUUAUAUGGUGUAUGCUACAGUGAGCUCAGAUGAAUUACCGAGAAGGAACAUGAUCAAUUCAACUAAGACCAGUGUUACUGUUUCCAAUCUGUGUCCCGGUCUCCCGUACGUCUUUGAGAUCGCUGCUUACAACAAUCUAGGGCGGGGUUCCCUCUCUGCACCCAGGGAAGGCAAGACAAUAGGCACUCCAUACACCAAACCACAGAACCUGACUGCUACGGUCUUAUCAAAGACAUCCAUCAAACUACAAUGGCGUGAACCUAUUAGCAAGCCAGACGGCAAAGUGGUUUAUGAUAUUGCGUAUAACGUAGGAAAUCCGACUGAUUUCAGCAUCCAUACAAAUGAGCUCUCAUACACCAUUACUGGUUUGCUGCCUGAUGUAACAUAUCAAUUGGCCGUCAGACUAGCAGUCACGUGUGAGAACGCACCCUUUGCCGUCGUACACGCAAUCACACAGUAUGAUGUGACGUUACCACCCCGAUACUUGCUAGUGCAGCAUAGUGACUUCCAGUCCAUUACAGUGCGAUGGACCUCACCGAGAGACUUCAUGCCUACGCCAAUCGAAUAUAUUUUAUUCUACUGGAACACAUCACAACCUACAAAUCGCCACAAUAUCACGGUCCCUGCCACAUCUGAUAAGACCAUCUCUAAAGAGGUAUCUAACCUAGUUCCUGGAGCCAACUAUUCCUUUGAGGUACAAGCCAAAGCACCGUCAGCUCGUCGCAGUGGACAAGUAGCCUCAACUACUAAACGUCCUUCCGUGCCAACUGAAUUCCUUGCUAUCUCAGAGAAUGGUAUCAUCCAUGUUUACUGGGGACCUGCUGAAGAUACAUGGAAUAAAUCAUUGGGCUUCGCUGUUCGUAUUCAGAGAUUGAAAGACUUGUUCCCAGGUCAAGAGGAUAUCUCCUUGAUACCAGAUGACGCUCGAGAAAGGGUGCAGAACAAUGCCUCUCUUUGGACUAUUAUUGGAGGAAUACAAACUUAUCAUUAUGAGUUCUCUGCAGAUCUUAAGCCUGAUCUCUACGCAAUAACCAUUAGUGUUGAUCAGUACAUGGGAUACUAUGGUGAAGUGGCUACAAUGCAAAAAGCAAGCCAAGGAAAAGGUGCUCCACCUCCCAAAGCCAUAUCUAAGAACCAAGCUCUCUACGCCGGCAUUGCUGUCGGGCUUGUGGUCAUUGUCCUCAUCGUCAUCGUGGUCUACUUCGCUGUCCGACAUCGUCGACUACAGCAGAGCUUCAUGUCCUUCGCCAACAGUCACUACGAUACCAGGUCAGGAACUGCCACGUUUGCCACGAAUGAAGACGACGAUGGUGGAGACUUAGAAUUAUUAGCUGAGCUUCAAGGUUCGGAUGAAGAUCAGCCGAUGAUUCGUGGUUUCUCCGACGAUGUGCCUCUUGUUAUUGCCUAAAACCUUCAACAGAAAUAACUCGUAAAAGAGAUUUAAUCAGGAUUUAAUUGUUUGAUUGAGAUGUAGUCAUUUGUGUAGAGUGUACAGAGAAGGGUUUGUUUACACUGCCUAAAUAGUCAUAUCUUCCCUGGGUCCAGAGCACUGUGUUUGACAAAAAGAGACUGAGAAUAUUGCACAGUAUGAACACUCUUUUCUUCACCAUAUUGUCUGGUAAUGGAAUUCUUCAGGUCAAUGUUCACAGACGGAUUAUGAAAUGCUUAUUGAGGAUUGGUAUAAAUAUGCUAGGGAUAAAGUACAGAAAACAUUUAACAUUACUGCAAUUCUAAUGAUGCACAAUUGAAAAUAAAUAAUAUGGCUCUGUUUGCCACAAAUUGAAACAGAAAGAGAAAUAGUGCUAUUCGCUCAAGAAAUGUGACUAAUUAGACAGUGUAUUUCAAGCUUAAAUAUUUUUCCUUCUUUUUUUUUGGAACACAGAUAUAUAUAUAUAUUUCUUGAUGAUUUUUUAAAGAUGAUGAAUCAGUACAUUCCUAAUUGAUUUAGUGAAAUAAAAAUAAUUGUGAUUUUGUAUUGCUUUUUGCAGAUUUUCUUGUAUUGUUUUUUUCUUUUAAAAAAUUCAUGUAAAUGUACUGAUUCCUGUGGUACUAGUACAGUUCUUGAUAUUCUAUUUUUAGCCAAAUUUAAAAUAAACGGAGCAAGUUGAGUACAUGCGAGUACUAUUGCAUAACAUAAAGUACUGCUUUAAGUAAUGUUCAGAAUCUUUAUUAAUUGUUACAAGUUGUGGUACUUAUUAAACUAUGGAAUGUUUCUUGAUGUUCGGGAAGAGGAAUGUGCUUUGUAUACAUAAAGGUCGUCAAAAAUAAUCAAACUUUUUCUUUUUUCUGACCAUGCAUUUAUUCCAUGGUUCAUUGCAAUCCUUUUAAGCUUGAAUUGUAUUGCAAAAGAAUGUAGAUCAAUAAUAAUUGUUUAUUGAUUUGUGUGAUUUAAUGUGAUAAAAAACAAAGUAUCGAUUCUAGCAUCAUUGAACUAGUAGGAUAUAAACAUAAAGAUUAUUAUAGCAUCAAAAGUACUAGUAUAUGUAUACUUUGUGUGAAAUCCCCAAUUUCUUGUUUUUGUUUACUUUUUGUUUUGAAUUUGAAGUUUAAUUUGUUGUCCUUAUUGUAAUUUUGUUGUCCUUAUUGUGUUAUUCACAUUAUUUUUUGUGUUUAUAUUUCAGAUAAUUAUCUAUUUUUUUCCUCUUCAUUUUUUGUAUAUACAUGUAUUUACCCAGAUUUUUAAGAAUAAAAAAAAAUUCUUGUCAUUGAUAAAAAAAAUGAAAUAAAUGUGUUUGUGAUUAGGAGUAAUAAAAAAAAUCAGCAUAAGAUUUGAGAGAAGUUUAACUCACAUUUAGAGAAUGGUUUAUGUAAAGCAAUAAUAUUCAGAUAUGGGUAGAUCUGUAUUAACUGUCAUUCAGUUAAUUUGGAAUUGCUUAUUGAUUAGGCUUGCAAUCAGAAAUGUUUUUUUAACUUUCGCUUACCAUCAAUAUUUUUCAUAGCUCGUUAACAAUAAUGAAGUGCGCUUAUAAAUUAAGUAGAAGAAUGACACUAAAAAUCAAAGGGAAAAUUUGUUUUCAAAGUGCAUCUAAAUUGCCUACCAAACAAUCGUACAAGAAUACCAGAUGUGUAUUUUUAAUUCAUGUUUGGAUUAUAUGUAGCAAUAUUGAUGUGUCAAUCAUUGUUUUUUGCCAUGUGUAAUUUGACAUAUAGGUAAAUCAAUAUUGGCCUAUCAGAGAGUUUUUCUUUACAGGUUUUAGCAGUAGCAUAUCUCUUUUUUUAAUUUCAUGUGUUGCCCCUUUCGACCCCCCAAUCCUCCCCCAUUUUUAAGCUAUUGUGAAAAAGUAACUUUAAAGAAAUAAUGGUUCUUGACAAGUUUUACUUGGAUGGUAACAUCAAGAGAUAUGCUGUGUAUAUGAACAUUAUACACACAGAUUUCUGUGUUUAUGAACAUAAAACACACACAGAUUUCUGUGUUUAUGAACAUAAUACACACAGAUUUCUGUGUUUAUGAACAUUAUACACACAGAUUUCUGUUUGAAUAAAAUAUUCAGGCCAUUCUGAUUAUAAAGCAUUUCUGAGAUAAAGCAAUAGCAUAUAACAAAUGAAAUUUGAAUCACACACAUUUCGUGGGACAUCAAAACCAUGCAGAUAGCACAUAAUGAGAUGCGAUUGGAUUAUCUUCAGCGCGUGGUCACAACAAACCCCAGACUAAAAACAGAUAUUAUGUUAUUACCAAUAACAAACCAUCGGUCCAUUAGUCUUACAAAAAGAGUUUUGAUUGAUCCAAUCAAUCGCAAACCUAUUGAAAUCCAUCAGUGUCGUAAUUUUUUUCUACUAGAAAUUUGCAUUAUGUCCAUAGUAAACAAAGGAGAACACAGCAAACUGUCAAGAAAUCAAUGAAUUCAUGGAUAUACAUGUACAUUCACAUCUAGAAAAACAUGCAUUUUAUAUGUUGACUUUGCUGGCUUUCCAUAGUUGGGAUUGAUCGCAUCAAUCGCGACUAUUUGUAAGACGGGGCCCCAGCAAUCAAGUGAAAAUUUACAAUUGAUUGCCAGACUUAUGAUUGAUUUUGGGACCCAAUACUAACUUACAACCCCCCCCCCCUAGAUAUUCUUUUUUUCUGCACUAGAGUACUUCUGAUGAAGCCUUGGUGUGUAAUAAGAGAUAUGCUACUGCUGAAGCCUGUCAUGCAGAAUUUAGUUUUAAUAUGAAGGUAUAAAGGCUGAAAGAUCCUACAAAAUUAAUUGAUUGAAUAUCGUUUUCCCCGUGGGAUCAUAAGAUACUGCCAAAUGAGAAUAAAAGAUCUAUUUUUAUCAUAAUUUUCACCAAUUGUUGAUGAGUGAUGGGAUAGGAGAACUUCAAAAGAAUGCUGUAUGAUUUUUUUUCAAGAUAUAACAAGUGGAUCAUUUUGAAACUUAUAGUGUUCAUUCAUUUUAUUUUCUAUAACUAGAUCUCACAUUUGUGUUAACUGAUUGCAUAGUUUGAUUUUUCAUAUAGUCGUGAGGAUGUACAUUUAUUACCAAUUUUGCCUACUCUAUCAAAAAGCUUUAUAUAUUUUUGUAGAUUUCACGUAUUAUGUUUUGUUACCUUAAUAUACUCCUUUCGGCUUUUCACUUGAAAUAGCGUAAAAGACGAAAAUCACUAUAAUACUUAAUGUUAUAUGACUCAGAUCUAGCUCUAGAAUUGAGUGAAUACUUGAAUACUAGUAAAUGAAAAAUCUUAUCAGAAGGGAGAUAUGUUACAAAAUGCUAAGAAAUGUGAUAUAACAGACAUUUAUUAUAUAUGAAUUACCAAGUAAUGGAUUUUUUUCUAAAUCUAUCAUUCAGUUGAAACUCCUCAUUUUCCCUGCUUACAGUUCAACAUGUAAUCAUUAUAUUCUAUGAUUAUCUCUCAUGGAAUUCAUCACUGGAAACAUGAGAAGUAUAUACCACAUUUCAGCUCUUAUUUCAUUCAACACAUUGUCAGAGCACAGGCUCUUGCAGAAAUACAUAUGAUGUUUCAAAUUCUGCAAUCAUCAUAUAAGAAACCUCAGAAUUACAUGCACAUUUCUAUUUCUUACACAGUUUCCAACAUUGUGUUUUGAUAUUUUUUAAGAUUUCUAUUGCAUUCAGCACAGGUCCCAUAUUACAUUUUCUAUCAGAAUAGAGUCAUCAUGUAUAUUGGUACAGAAUCUGUGAGAGUGGUCUUUCGUAUUAUUGCUAUUAUUGAAGCUAAAGAAAAUAUGUAUAUUUGAUUGUUAUGUUGGUAGUAAGUUUCAUACUAUUACUGUUCAGAAAUGAUUAUUUUAGUGGUAUAUUGCGGUAUAGAUUCUCUAUUCCAUUCGCUACUCAAUUGAAAUGAAGGGAUCUAUCUUUUCUAUAUUAUCAUACAAGACAGAUGAAAUAAAUACACAGGUUAUUGCUCGUAAUCUUAA